AUGGCACAUUUGGAAAAGGCUGUAAUCAUUGAAGAUGAUUCAAAUCAACAAGAACAACAUCAAGAAGAGGAUUCUUCUGAUUGGAGUGUAAGCACCAAGAAGCAAAGAGGUGGUAGAAAACAAAAGGGAGCAGCAACCACAACUGCUCCAAUUAGUAGUAAUGCUGCCUUCAGCUCCAUGAGCUCUUCAUCAUCAAGAAAGAAGACUACUCCUUCCAGCACAACUGGUAGUGCUGCCAGUGUGAAUCUUCCAAAGAAGAAGACUCCAGGCUCAAAUCCAAACUAUGAAAGGAAGCUGAAUCAACAAUUUGGAUCCACUCCAGCAAACGCUUCUUCAUCAACCGAUAAAACAAUUCACCCUCCUCACUACUCUCACGAACGAACAAUUACAAUCCCAGCUAAAGUCGAUCCACGUUUCCUUGUCGGAGAAAAGGGCUCGUUUGCCAAUGAAGUCAAGAAACAAUCAGGCAUUACUUGGUACAGCGUCAAGAAUAUGACCGUUGUUCUCGGAGGUAGUUCGGAGGAAAGCGUUCUUAAAGCAGAGGAAUUGGUUCAAAACAGAAUUGGACACUUUUCCAUGACACACUUUUCUGAAACCUUCAGUACUUUGGUGAUUCCAGAACUUUCUGAACGUUUAGAUGCUGAGAAUCAAGAAGAAAUUGAUUUGAGCGAGUAUGACAUUGCUUUGAGACCAUUCACAUCUUUGGCUGUUUAUUCAAGCCAACCAAAUUCUACAUUUAGUAGAAUGAUUUUGAAGAAGGAGGGCGAAAGUGAGGAUCAUCACGAUGCUCAUGCAACCUCUCACGUCGUGAGUGAUGCUCAUCAUGAUGAAGCUCAUGCUGGUGGAGAGCACAAUACUCAUCACAAGGAAAUGACUUUAAUGAACAAGAAAACAAAGGAUGACAUGUUGGAAAAAAUUGCUACCAAACUUGUUGACAUUGAGUUGAGAAAGAACGAAUCUGAAGUAUUGAGUGUGAAGGCUUUGUACGGUCAAUUAUUGGCAUACAAAUCAGCUAAGGACACUAUCAAGAUUCCAGAAAUGUUGGAAAUGAAGCACGGAAAAGAUAUUAGAUAUCAUUUUAAUAGAAUUGUUGACAAGACAUUCUACGAAAAGCUCAAGUCAAAUCUCAAAUACAUACCAGAUGAAGACGCAACAAUUGUGGCUAUUUACUUUGGUAAACCAGGCGACAAGCCAAAAGAGGAGGACAGCUCUCAACCUUCAGAAAAGAACGAAACCAUUACUUUUGAAGUUAACAAGGCAACAGGAAAGUUGGAACAAAUCAAGAAGAAUGAACAUACUAGGAAUUACUAUACUUUGAAUUAUGUUACACCUAUUACAAAGGAACGAUCAAAUUUGAAUGAUUUCAAGAUUACCAUUGCAAGUUAUGUUCCUAACGAUGUUGAGCAACAAGAUAAGAAUAGAACUGAGAUGGACUCGUUCUUAAACGAAUGUGCAAACUUGUGGAACAAUGAAAAGAAUGAAUUUACUAAUCCUGAAUUUUUGAAGAACCCACCAAGCCCUUACCGAUUCAAAGGAACCAUUGUCAAGUUUAAGAAACACUACCACUCUGAAGAUGGUACUAUCAAGGUCACACUUCAUGAAAUUCACGAUCUCGAUACAAAGGCUGUCAACUUUGAAGUUGUUGUGGUGAGCGAGGAGCUUUAUAGAUCUUUGGAUGACAAGGAAUUAAAGUCUUCCGACAAGAAGAAGAAAUAUAAGGAAAGUCUUGAAAAGUUGACUGAUUGGUUGUUCAAUCACCAAUAA